UAAAGCUUUAAACUUUAAUAAAAAUAACUUUGUCAUAUAUACAUAUCUCAUAGUACAUGAGACAGAUAAUCUGUGAAAAAAACAUCAGGCCUCCUCCUCGUGCUCCUAAUAGCAUUUGCAAGAUUCCACUGCGCCCGAACAAAAGCAACCAAUCAGAGCCAAGCUGUCUCUAAGUAGCUGUCAAUCACUGCAACUCACAUCAAAUCAUAUCAUAUACAGUAAAUCGUUGAGACAAUAAAACAUUUUACCUGCUUCCUUACAGAUCCUUAAAUAUUUACUUCUUGAAGACAUUUGGUUAUAUUUGCUCCCUGUUCCUCUCUGUUAAUUGAUGAAAUAUAAUUUUAGGCAUUGCAUAAAUUCUGUGUAAAAUAAUGAAUAGGUGUUCAAUUUGAUCUAAUUAUAUUAUGUAUGUAUUAUAUUGUUUACUUCAUUACUUAUUUUUUUCAGGGAGUGGUAUUAUUUAUUAUCUUUGACAGAGCUCUAAACUAAUGUCCAGUAUAUGGGUCUGCUUCUGGUUUUCAUUGUCAAUUCAUCGGUCGAUUGUUUUCUUGAUUAAUCAAUCAGACAUUUAGUCAAUAAAAUGUCAGUACAUAGGGAAAAAUGCCCAUUACAAUCUCCCAAAGCCCAAAGUGACAUCUUCAACCAAAAGUUCAAAACCUAAAUAUUGUUAGUUUACUAUCAUAGAAGACUGAGGGAACCAGAUCUUUUUUUAUUUGAGAAGCUAGAACCAAAUUUUGGAUUUUUUUUCUGAAAAAAACAACCCAAAAAAAACUCAAAACUAUGAAUGACGAUAUGAUGAGUUCAUUUUCUGUUGAUUGACUAAACUAGUUUAAAAGUCCAGACGGAAUAAAGCUGUGUAGGGUCACAAAAAAUAUGAUAUGACAGAAAAUAAAAUAAUAAGACAAAGAGAUAAAUGUUUCAAGUGCUCCUGUUUAAUAGUCAUUUAGAUUCAGGAGGUACAAAGUACCUGACAGGUAAACCUGAGGGCAAAAUAAUGUAGAGUCCAAAUGUCCCGUGAUGAUGACGUCGUGCUCCAUGCGACAGGAAGCUGUCUCCUCCGUCUCGUCUCCACGCUGUCCAGCAGCAGCAACAGCCGCCGUGUUGUGUUGUUUUCUUGUUCUGUUUCUAUCUGAAAUCAUGGAGAAGAAAGGCGCUAACUCCUCCGGGAAGAAACCUAAACCUGCGAAGAUGAAAGACGGCGUCGACCCCGUCAAAGACUUCGAGAAAUGGAAGAAAAAGUACAACAAGACGAAGCGAGAGGUGAAGCGAGGCCGACCGGAGAAGAAGCCCGAGUGGCAGGUGGAGCGGGAGUACAUCCAGCGGCUGGUCAGCAGGUACGGAGACAUCCAGUCCAAGGACGCCGUCAAGUUCUCCGACUUCCCCAUCUCCAAGAAGACCCUGCUGGGUCUCCAGGGAGCCCAGUACCGGCAGCCCACGGAGAUCCAGAGACAGACCAUCCGCUUCGCUCUGCUCGGUAAAGACGUCCUCGGCGCCGCUAAGACCGGCUCCGGGAAGACGUUAGCCUUCCUCAUCCCGGUGCUGGAGUGUCUCUACCGGCAGCAAUGGAGCUCCGUGGACGGCCUCGGCGCUCUCAUCAUAUCCCCCACCAGAGAGCUAGCCUACCAGACCUUCCAGGUCCUCCGCAAGGUGGGCAAGAACCACGAGUUCUCCGCGGGGCUCAUCAUCGGCGGGAAGGACCUGAAGAACGAGUCGGAGAAGAUCCACCGGACCAACAUCGUCAUCUGCACCCCGGGCCGGCUGCUCCAGCACAUGGACGAGACGUCCUCCUUCCACGCCUCCGACCUCCACAUGCUAGUCCUGGACGAGGCGGACCGCAUCCUGGACAUGGGCUUCGCGGAGACAAUCAACGCUAUCGUGGAGAACCUCCCCAAGUCCCGGCAGACACUGCUGUUCUCCGCUACGCAGACCAAGUCGGUCAAAGACCUGGCCCGGCUCAGCCUCAAAGACCCGGAGUACGUGUGGGUCCACGAGAAGGCCAAGUUCAGCACGCCGGCCACCCUGGAGCAGAGCUACGUGGUGUGUGAGCUCCAGCAGAAGGUCAACAUGCUCUACUCCUUCAUCAGGAGCCACCUGAGGAAGAAGAUCAUCGUCUUCUUCGCCUGCUGCAAGGAGGUGCAGUACCUGUUCCGGACCCUCUGCCGCCUCCGACCCGGCAUGCCCGUCCUGGCUCUGCACGGCAAGCAGCAGCAGAUGAAGAGGGUGGAAGUCUACAACGACUUCCUGAGGAAGAACAACGCCGUGCUCUUCGCCACGGACAUCGCCGCCAGAGGCCUGGACUUCCCCGCCGUCAACUGGGUGCUGCAGUUCGACUGUCCGGAGGACGCGGACACCUACAUCCACCGGGUGGGCCGGACCGCCAGGUACCAGGAGGGGGGGCAGGCCCUGCUGCUGCUGCUCCCCUCAGAGGAGAGGGGCAUGGUCAGCCAGCUGCAGGAGAAGAAGGUCCCCAUCAAUAAGAUCCAGGUGAAUCCAGACAAACUGCAGAGUGUUCAGCAGAAGCUGGAGGCCUUCCUGGCCCAGGAGAAGGAGCAGAAGGAGAGAGCUCAGAGGUGUUUCAUGUCCUACCUGCGUUCCGUCUACCUGAUGAAGAACAAAGAGGUGUUUGACGUCUUUAAGCUCCAGAUUCAGGAGUACGCUCACUCUCUGGGCCUCGCCGUGGCUCCGAGGGUGCGCUUUCUAAGUAAAGCUCAGGCACAUAGAGCUGAGAAAGGAGGCCAGAGAAAGGAGGAGGAGGAGCAGUCCGAAGAAGAGGACGAGCUGAAGAGCUUUAAGGCCCAGCUGAAGGGAAACGCUCCUCAUGAGGACAGCCAGAGCUCAGAGUCCGAAGGUUCAGGUGAUGAUGAUGAGGAAGAAGAGGUGGAUCGGUCCAAGAUGCUUCUUCUGGGUGCAGAUGACAGUGAGGAUGACGAUGAUCUGAAAGACUUGGACCUGCUGACAGUCAAAAGAAAGGAUGUCUUCAAUGUCUCGGGGGACGAGGAGAGUUCCGAGGAACUUGCCGAGGGCUCCAAAAAGAAAAUGGAAAAAGAGACAAAGUUCAAAGAAGCCAAAAAGGCCCUUAAGAGAAACUUCCAGGUCAACACCAAAGUGGCUUUCAGCGAAGAAGGAGAGGCCGUGCAGCUGUGGCCUCCAGUCCAACGUGCUGUGACCGGUGGAGAGGAGGAAGAAGAGGAGGGGGCUUCAGGAAUCAACAUGGAGAAGGCCAGGGAGAGGCUGAAACGCGAGGACCAGGCGUUUGACAAGCAGGAGUACAGUCGCAAAGUGAAAGCCAAACACAGGGAGAAGAGGCUGAAGGAGAAGGAAGCCAGGAGGGAGGCCAGCAAGCAGCACGGACGCAACUCUGAUGAGGAGGACGAGGUGCAUGCGUACCUGGCCAACCAAAGCGAAGACGAGUUUGACGCCAGCACCCUGCCGGACCCCGACAAACUGCACUCCGAGGAAGAGGAGGAUCCGAUCACGUCGGCCAAAAGGCAGCACAGCAGUGAAAGCAGUGAUGAGGAAGAGGAGGAGCUCACAGCAGGGAAGAGGAAGAAAGGGAGGCAUCAGAAUGAUGCGCACACAGCCCUGGACACUGGUCUGUCUCUGGCUGAAGACGAGGAGUUGGUCUUACACCUGCUGGGGGGUCACAGGUAGAGAAAAACGGGACAGUAUGAAACCAGUCAGUUAAAUAAAGUUCUGAUAGUUCAACGAGAAAACAGAGAAGCACAAGACGUGUUGACAUUUGAAAAGGGGAAGGUACAGUCCAGCGCUUCACUGUUUGCACAUCCACAACGUUGGAGGACUCAUAAGAGAUAUGAGUGGUCAAAACUGAAGCAUCAGAGCGCUGAAAUCCAGACAUUUAAUCCAUAGUAUGGGUCAAUCCUACAACUCCACUGAUGCAACCGAUGCCAUUAUUUCAUUAAAGCCCCUGAAACCUUGACUUCAAUCUCAUUUAUAUAUAAAAUGAAAUACUGUAAUACCUGACUAAAUAAGCAACAAUCAAAGUUAUAAUAACAUCCUUGAGUAUUAUUGAGAGUUCCACUCUGUAAGUCUUCUUCAUCAGGGCUGUGUGGCUGAGGUUUAAUCACAUUUAAACAACACACUCAACUGUUAUCAAAUUCUGAUGUAACUUUUUGUUAAAUUUGUCCAAAUUCCACACAUAACCUUGAUGACGUCAUCAUCAGGGUUAUUUUCCUCAUACUUGACAAAGCUCCUGUAACUUCUGUAUUUUUUAACCUGGACCCUAUUCUCCCAUGUUUUCGUGUGUAAGUGAUUAAUGGAAACAACACUUUCUGAAACUGGUCCAGUAUUGAGGGAGAACUCUGUAACCGAGCUGUGAGGUCAGUGAGCAGCAUCAGUGUGACGUUAUGUUCACUAAAAGUGCUUGUCUUUGCCUCUGACAGGCUCAGAUUGUUAUUAUCAGUCUGACAACAUGAUGGAAAGAACCCUACAGAGAAAUAACACGUGUUUCUGACCUUUCACUUGAUCCCGUCUGUUUGUUAUUGUAUCCAAGUACCGCUCAAGGAGAAGUCUGGUUGUGAAAUCUGAAUAAUCGUAUACUCUGGCUCAAAGAAAUAAGGAUUCACAGACCUCAUCCACAUGGUGGAAAUCAUCUAAAUAUUCAGCCAUGACAUUGUAAAUCUUUUAACUAAAGGUCCCAUAUUGUAAA